CUCCUCCUAUCCCUUCAGCUGGUCCUGCCGUGACGCCUCCAUUGUGUGCGCAGCCGCAGCGCCUCCCGGCGACUGUUGUAUCCGGCCGGCGCCUUUUUCUCCUCCUCCCUUCCCCCCCUUCCCCGCAGAAACUGCCGUUGCCGCCGCCGUUGUGGCCUCACCUUCCUUCUCUCGCAGCAGGCGGUGGCCCGAACAGUCUUCUCUCGCCCCCUCCCUCGCCUUUCACUCUAUGACGCGAUGGCAACGGCCAACUUCGGCAAGAUCCAGAUAGGGAUCUAUGUGGAGAUCAAGCGCAGCGAUGUUCCCAGGAGACUGUUGAAAGACUGAACCAUGUUUGAUAGCAGUGAAGGACUGGAUGGAGUGCAACAAGCUGAAACAUAAUCCAGAUAUAACAGAAGUACUAUUGGUAGAUGGGCCACCUGACUUGGGGCUGAGUUUAUACCCUGUUCCAGAUGGGAUUGCACUCCCCCUGAAAGAGCAGGCCGAAUACAUGAAGCUAUGGUGACAUCUUUAAAUGAAGAUAAUGAAAGUGUUACAGUUGAAUGGAUUGAAAAUGGUGAUACUAAAGGAAAAGAGAUUGAUUUGGAGAGUAUAUUUUCGCUUAAUCCAGACCUUGCUCCUGAAGAUGACGAUCCCAGUCCAGAGACCCCACCACCUCCAACACCUUCAGCUAAAGUAAACAAAAUUGUUAAGAAUCGGAGGACAGUGGCACCUUCUAAAGUUGAAGCUCCUGCUAGAGACAACAGAGUGGUUGGUUCUGCGCGUGCACGGCCUACUCAACUUCCUGAACAGUCUUCCUCUACACAACAGAAUGGUAGUGUUUCAGAUAUAUCUCCAGUUCAAGCUGCAAAAAAGGAAUUUGGACCCCCUUCACGUAGAAAAUCAAAUUGUGUGAAAGAAGUUGAAAAGUUGCAAGAAAAACGUGAGAAACGAAGAUUACAACAGCAGGAACUUAGAGAGAAACGUGCUCAGGAUGUUGAUGCUACAAAUCCAAAUUAUGAAAUCAUGAGUAUGAUCAGAGAUUUCAGGGGAAGUCUGGAUUAUAGACCGCUGACAACUGCAGAUCCAAUUGAUGAGCACAGGAUAUGUGUGUGUGUUAGAAAAAGACCACUCAAUAAAAAAGAAACUGUAAUGAAAGAUCUUGAUGUAAUAACAAUCCCUAGCAAAGAUGUUGUGAUGGUACACGAACCCAAACAAAAAGUGGAUUUAACAAGGUACUUAGAAAACCAAACUUUCCGCUUUGACUAUGCCUUCGAUGACAGUGCUCCUAAUGAAAUGGUAUACAGGUUUACUGCAAGACCACUAGUAGAAACAAUAUUUGAAAGAGGAAUGGCUACAUGUUUUGCGUAUGGACAAACGGGCAGUGGAAAAACGCAUACAAUGGGUGGCGAUUUUUCAGGAAAGAACCAAGACUGUUCAAAAGGAAUUUAUGCAUUAGCAGCUAGAGAUGUCUUUUUAAUGUUGAAGAAACCAAACUGUAAGAAACUAGAACUUCAAGUAUAUGCAACAUUUUUUGAGAUUUAUAGUGGAAAGGUUUUUGACUUAUUGAACAGGAAGACGAAAUUACGAGUUCUAGAAGAUGGUAAACAGCAAGUCCAGGUGGUGGGAUUACAGGAGCGAGAGGUUAAAUGUGUUGAAGAUGUGCUCAAGCUUAUUGAGAUAGGCAACAGCUGCAGAACAUCUGGUCAGACAUCUGCAAAUGCACACUCAUCUCGGAGCCAUGCAGUGUUUCAGAUCAUCCUCAGGAGAAAAGGGAAACUGCAUGGUAAAUUUUCAUUGAUUGACUUGGCUGGAAAUGAAAGAGGAGCUGACACUUCCAGUGCAGAUAGGCAAACACGACUGGAAGGUGCUGAAAUUAACAAGAGCCUUUUAGCACUUAAGGAGUGCAUCAGGGCCUUAGGCCGAAAUAAGCCUCAUACUCCAUUCAGAGCGAGUAAACUUACUCAGGUCCUAAGAGAUUCAUUCAUAGGAGAAAACUCUCGCACCUGUAUGAUUGCUACUAUUUCUCCAGGGAUGGCAUCUUGUGAAAACACUCUAAACACACUAAGAUAUGCAAACAGAGUGAAGGAAUUGACAGUUGAUCCCAGUGCUGCUGGUGAUAUCCGUCCAGUCAUGCAUCAUGCUCCAAAUCAGAUUGAUGAGUUGGAGGCGCAGUGGGGUGUUGGGAGCUCACCUCAGAGAGAUGAUCUCAAACUACUUUGUGAACAAAAUGAGGAAGAAGUUUCACCACAGUUAUUCACUUUCCAUGAAGCUGUGUCGCAGAUGGUGGAAAUGGAAGAGCAAGUAGUUGAAGAUCACAGAGCUGUCUUCCAGGAAUCUAUUAGGUGGUUAGAAGAUGAAAAAGCUCUCCUGGAAAUGACAGAAGAAGUAGACUAUGAUGUGGAUUCAUAUGCUACACAACUUGAAGCAAUCCUAGAGCAAAAAAUUUACAUUUUGACUGAACUUCGGGAUAAAGUGAAAUCCUUCCGCACAGCACUACAAGAGGAGGAACAGGCCAGUAAACAGAUUAAUCCGAAGAGACCACGUGCCCUUUGAGGCAAACUUCUGCUGCUAAAGGAUGCCUGAGCCUUCAUUGCUGUACAGUGCAGUUGGUUGGAAAUGAAGCUUAAGAAGUCAACUACUUGAAAGAUCUAAAACUUUUGAAGUGUCUGUGGAAAUGCCCAUUUCUUCUUUCCCUGGCUGACAUUUCAGUUGUGUGGAACACUCCUCUAAGAUGUCUGCAAAAUGCUUCUAGACCAGAUAGCACAACCAGGCAGGUUUUGGAGAUGGGAAGCACUUUUUGUUUCAAAUGUUUUAACUUACUCAAAUUGUGAAUUUUAUGUUUUGGAAAUAUUUGCCAAUUUUUUAAAAAAUAAUGAAGUAAAAUGGUGGACUUGUAAAAACAAACAAAAAUCUUCACAGUAUUUUGUUUUACUUAUGUCAAGUUUUGUUGCAAAGAACAGCUGUGCAGUUUUGUAUUUGCAUGCAUGCCCACCUCAUCAGUGAUUGUAUAUACCUCUUCUAGACAGCUGUGCUCACCUCUUCCCAUUUGUGCCUUGACCAAGGCGACUUGACCGUAAAUGUCCUCUCUAAAGCACAGCCUUAAUAAAUGACACUCCUUAUUUGUCAAUGUAAAUUACUUUUUGUGUGUGUACAUUUUAAUGUGUGUUUGAUUUUUUUCCCCUCGUGACUAGUUCUUCAUUUCACAGUAUGUGCCAUAUCAUUGACCUGGAAUUAAAAAUCUGUUGGUGUGGAUUGACAGCAAGCCAUUCCAUUUUUCCCUGUAAAAAUCUGAAUCAUGAUUUCAACGCCAUAGAGUCUCUAACAUUUCCUUUGUAAAGAACAAAACUAGAAAUUGGUGGAUGUAUAAUAAAAGGUAAUUGAUUAUGAAGGAGAGUUGUAUCUUAGGAUAAUACAGAUGUACAGUAUGUAUGCUAGUGUGAUGUCAGAAUAAAGGUGCAAUCUGAUCUCUACAUAUGGGUAGGAGAGGUAUCCAAGAAAUAGGAUACCAAAGUAACUCUCACAUACUACUAAAAUUGGCUUCUGCUGCAUGACAGUUUACAUGUGCAUUAACUGUAGUUCGCAGGUAGUUAGUACUGUUGCUUUAAAAGAAAGUAGCUAAUGCAUAUUUUCCAUUUGUACAGUGCCAUCAGCUGAAAAGUGAGGUGAAUUUGUACCAUUAGAGGAUUUGCACAAUAAACUCCACAAAACUUGUCUGAUGCUGAAGAAAUUCCACAGUGAUGCCUGAAAAGUUCACAAAUGGCCCUGUUUGUCCAGCACUUUUUAAGAUGGUGGCACUUCAAUUAUUUUUGCAAAUUGAUAUCCAAAAGAAAUUACCCUUUAUGUAUUUUUUGUCAGAUGAAUUGUAAACCUCUCUAGGAGUUCUCCCAAAUCCCAAAAUAGAUCCCAGGUGCUCAUAUCAACAACAGACAUUCCUUGGAAUUGUUUCAUACUUUGUUCCUGGAACAUAAGCCCAUCUGUGCUGUGGCUGAGGGAAAUAAAGGGAAAACAAUGAGAAGAGAGCUUAAAUGAGCCAGAGUUUCUCAGUAUUCAACGUAAUCCCCAUAGAAUGGUAGGCUGUGGAAGUCCCUUGCCAUAUCAUGGUGACAAAGCGCCUAUCUGUAAACAUGAAAACUGAAACAACAAUGUAGAUUUUACACGAUGUGUUUAAUAAAUUUAACUGAAAUAUAAAUUAGAGAUGAGAAUUUUACUUCUAUACAAUUAAUUGUAAAAUGUUUU